AUGGAGAAGUCACACAGUCUACUCAUUUUCUGCCCAGAUGCCAAUGAUUUGGAUCAUGAUCCUGAUGUUUUUAGAGCGCACUGUCUAAACUGUACAGAAAUACUAUUAACUGAAUACACAAAUGGUGAUGAUUCACAGACCAUUGUAUCUCACGAAGCAGAAGAAGAUGAAUAUAUUGUGGACCCCGAAACCUGUUGUCUCAAAGCAGCCACUUUGCAAGCAUCUAUUAACAAAAUUCUUGGUUACAAUCCUGCCAAUGACAAGGAACAUACUGAACAAUUUUCCCAAAUGUUCUACUUGACCUAUAAUUUAUUCAGCACUCCAGAAAAAAUUAUUGACAUUUUGAUUGCCAAAUACAGACAUUUGAAUCAAGAUAAGCAAGACAAGAAUGACUUAUUCACAAAAAUUAACCUCGAAAGGACUGCUGCGCGAUUAAUCAAGGAUGGAUUCUAUGCAUUCAAUAAUUUAAGUAUUGCCAAAAGUAUUAACUUUAUGAAAGAAAUUGAACACAUGUCCUCCAGUAGCACAUCAAGUAUUGCCAAGAUCCAAAAUGCUCUUGUACUCAAUAUGCUUUCCAUUCAGGCCUCUUCUGGAACUCGAUGUGGUAUUACUAGCCCAGGCCGUGACUCUUCAGCAUCUUCAGAGGAUAAAACUCUGAGAAUUCCAAAAGGAUUAACUUUGCAACAAGUAUCAACACCAGAAAUUCCCAUGUCAAAAUGGAAUCAUGACAAGGAUUUAUAUAUUCGAUUGGGAAUUUCCAAUCCUUUCAAGAUCCAAUUUGACAUUUUCUCAUGGCCUUCUGCAGAAUUAGCUCAUCAAUUGACCUUACUGGAAGCAAAAUUCUUUUUGAAAAUUAAGCCCUAUGAAUUUUAUUAUAUUGAAAGCAAAGAUAAGGAAAUUCGAGAAAAGUACAGCAGUAAUAUUUUGUUCAUGCAAGAACAUUUCAAAACUUUGCAGCAUUGGGCCAGCGAGACCGUUCUCAUUCAACCCAAUGAGAGAGAUCGAAAGAAGGUCUUUACCAAAAUUCUUUGCAUUGCUCAAUCUUGUUUUUACGCUGGUAAUUAUUUUGGAUUCAUGUCUAUUUUGGGAGGCUUAAGAAGUUCUUCUGUUUUUAGACUUAAAGAUCUCUAUGAAGACAAUAAGGAAGUACACAAACUAUUCCUCGAAUUGGAAGAAAGUCAGAAAAAGUCAUCAACUCGAAAGAAGUGA